UCGCGGUGGCACCUGGAGUAUGGCAGCUACAUGCUGGAGGGUAUCCCAAUGCAGCCGUACGGAAGCUCCAUGGCCGAGCUGGCCAGCGUGGAGCCGAGCAUGAGGCUGCGGCGGAGAGACGUGCUGGCUCGGCUACGCUCGAACGAGACAAUAUGCUCCCUCACCACCUUCCCCAGACUCGGCUGCCCAGGUUUCUCUCAGCCUGAGUGUGUGCCCCAGCACCGAGAUGGACUAUCUGCGUCUGUGUUCUUGCCGGACGAGGCUAUCACCUGCCACCCGCGCUUCAGUACGAUUACGAGGAACAUCCGCGAGAGGCGAGGAGAGAAGGUCGUGGUGAACGUACCAAUCUUCAGGGACAGAAACACUCCAUCCCCAUUCAUCGACCAAAUCCCGCACGGUGACGAGGAGGCGGCCAUCGCGAUGAAGGCUGACCACAUUUACAUGGACGCGACGGGAUUCGGCACGGGAAACUGCUGCCUGCAGCCCCUGACAACGUGCAAGUGGCGAAUCGCCAAAUCGCGGUUUGACUCCAUCGACAGCUUCCUGUCGCCCGGCGGAGCGCAGUUCAAUGACCUGGAGCUGCCCAAGGACGAGGACGUCCACCUGCAGCUCCUGGAUGCAGGCAUCGAUCCGCUGCUCGCUCAGCACUUUGCUCACCUCUUCAUCCGCGACCCCCUCGUGCUGUUCUGCGAGAAGAUCCAUGCCGACGACGAUGAGAACGAGGCCUACCACUUUGAAUGCAUCCAGUCCACAAACUGGCAGACAUUACGCUUCAAACCUCCACCGCCGAACACCAACAUCGGGUGGCGCGUCGAGUUCCGGCCGAUGGACGUGCAGCUCACGGACUUUGAGAACGCGGCGUACGUGGUGUUUGUGGUGUUGCUCACGCGCGUCAUCAUCUCCUAUGGUCUCAACUUCCUCGUGCCACUGUCAAAGGUAGAUCAGAACAUCAGGAAGGCGCAGAAGAGGAACGCUGUGCUGGAGGAGAUGUUUUAUUUCAGGAAGGACAUUCAAGCAGAGGUGGACGCUCCCCCAGCAGACGGCACCGAGUCCGAGGGCGAGGUGGGGAUCCUCAUGAGCAUUGACACCAUCAUCAACGGCAAGGUGGGGUUAUUCCAGGGCCUCGUCCCCAUAGUCAACAGCUUCCUGGAAGACAUGGAGGUGGACGUGGAGACUCGGUGCACGAUCUCCCACUACAUGGAGCUCAUCAGCAAGCGUGCGUCCGGGGAGCUAGGAACGACGGCCCAGCGGCUUCGCGCCUUCGUGAGCGGCCACCCCGACUACGCACACGACAGCGUCAUCUCGGAGCGCGUCAACUAUGACCUAAUGCUGCGUUGUGACGCCCUGUUGCGUUCGCGGCCCCACCGCCAUGGCGCGGACCCCUUGCACGAGCUCAGCCACGGCGCUUGCCAGACUGGCUAG